AUGAUCAACAGUCUCGUGCACAAUGGGUGCGAGGUAUCGCUGCACCUCGUGUCCGAGGACAUCUUCGUCCACCCUCCGCCACUUAACUCAGACUUGCCAGGAGAGGACAAGACGCUCAGCGGCUUGGUCGAGAUCAAAUGUCCUAGCGAGCGCACCAUCCAAGGCGUCAAAGUGACAUUGCAGGGCAUCCAGACUCUCUCAUUCCCUGACGGAGGCGCUUCCACUCCGUCGGGGCAUAGCCUGCGUUGGGAGGAAAAGAUCAUCAUGAACAAAACUGUAGAGAUCCUGGAUGAUGGCACUGUUUCAGCCCACAAGCACGCAAAACACACAGCCAAACACUCUUCAAAAGGCAAAAGCAAGGCGAAGGAAGUCUCGCAGGCGGUGGAUGAGCGAGGCAGAGGCCGACACAGAGACGAGAAUUCCAGCGAGCCGCCUAGCUUGCCGACCAGCCCGACGCUGGCGUCAUCCAGCUUGCUCAUGACGCAGAGCGACUCGGUGAAUGGAUCGGUCGUGAAGGGAGGGGGCGACUCGCUCGACUUGCAAAACAGCUCCGCUCCAGUUACGACCCCGCCAGUUGCGCCGAUAAUGUCAAAACAUGAUGGCUUGCAUCUUGAGAAGGGCAUCCACGGCUUCGAGUUUGCAUUCAUCAUCCCAGCAACUAGUGCACCUUAUGAGCGUUUCAAGAAUGCGCGUGUGCGGUACAUUGUGACGGCCACCGCCAUAGGCGCCGGCCGUGGACGCUCCAACAUUAGCACGUGGCAGGAAGUCUUUAUCAUCCUACACGUCCAGCCCGAUGGCGGGCCGACAGCGCUGGACGUUCAAUAUCAAGAUGUGCACGAAGCACUCGGGCCCAUGAGUGUCUCCCUCAUCUCGGCGUCGCUCACAGUCGGAGGCACGGCGAAUUUGAGCGUCUACCAUCCUGACCCGCCUCCAGGCCUGUCUGUACACGCCAUCCGCGUCUUCAUGGAGCAGACGAUCGAGAUGUAUAGCAGCGUCCGCAAGGCGUGGCUAAAAUUGCCGACAGAGAAGCUGCGCCUGUGGGAGAAAGGGCAAAUGCCGUACAAGGGCAAGCAGGUGGAUGACGCUGGACUGGAGGCCAGCAUUUGGAUCGCCGAUGGAGAAGAUUUGCCCGGGCAUCCAGGGCGAGGAGCAGGGAAUGGCCCGCCAAGCAUUUCUCCUUUUGGCUUGCCGCUCAAUGGAUCUACGUCGCGAUCCAUCACGCCUGGCGAGGCGGUGACGCCUGGCGCAAGUACACCAGGUAGCACUCAAGCCUCGGGUUCAAACAAUUCAGGCUACAAGAUUCGUUCUGUUGUGCGGCUACCAGAUGAUCAGGUCAUUCGCCCCAGUACUGUGCGCGGUUGCAAGACAGACAUCCGUGUGACACACGAAAUCGGCGUGGAAGUUUUUUUCUCACGCCUCUCCGUGUUGGAUACGCGCGAUGAUAGUGACUCGUAUGGCAAACCCAAGGUGCAGGUGUUCUCUAUGCGGCGAUCCGUCUGCAUCCCUUCGUGCUGUUGCACGUAUGACAUCAUCCAUCUGCCGCCAUAUUCGUUCGAAUCGCCCGUUAACUCGCGCCCCCCUUCGCCGACGGGAAGCUACUUGCCUUCUAGCUUGCCACACUCGCUCGCAGGUUCGCGCAAAAGCUCGCACGCGGAUCUCGAGCACUGGAAGGCGACGACGCCGCUAAAUUACACGCUACCCGGCGCAAAGCGCGGCUCGCCGAAUACAUCACAGCCCGGCAGUGCCAACAUCAGCCGGCCAGGUAGCCGUGAUCCUUCCCCUACCCGGCAUGGCUUUGCACAUGCAUUCACGUCGGGACGCAAGAGCCGAAAUUCUUCGCCCGAACGUGCGGCACCCAUCCCUGUCCGCAAGUCGGGCCUACAUGCGCUCACCCCUUCGCACCCUGCGCCGUUGCAAUCCCCGGGCGUCUCCUCCACUCCAUCUGCACUGCAUCGCAAUUCGCUCAACGUUGGCUCGCCGUGGGCGCAUAGCUUCUUUCCCUCGCGCACUGCCACUUCACACCAGACUUGCAAUUGUGGACGCACGACGGAGGAACUCUCCGAGGCCGAGCAACGUUUACUCGAAGGCGUGCCGACUGCCCCCGGCGCCUGGGUCGACACGCAUUCCGAAGGCGAUGUGCCGCCACCUUGGUUCCCACCUUCGAGGGCUGGAAGCCCAGUACAAGGCUGGCACAUAUUUGCGAGCGGCAAUAGAGAAGGCGGCAGAGCUCGUGGAAAGCUUGCCGAGAUCAAUACACCAUAUGGCUCGCCACAUUGA